CACACGGAGCGCUUAUAAAAGAAGUAAAGAAGGAUUAUUUAACAGCAGCGGAUUAAUUUCCGUGUUUUGGUGUGCUGCCAGCACAUCCUUCCUAUCCUAGCAUCAUGUGGCUCCACAGCAGGCUUCGGCUUUUUAUCAUCCUAAAUGGUUUGCUCAUGUCAAAGAGCGUAAGAGUGAUGUUUCCGCUCAAGGAGCCGCAUUACGUUGCACUGAACAAGACUUUGAUUCUUGAAGCUCAGUUCUUCACAGAUCCUGGAGAAACCAUAAGUUUUAAAACAUGGGCUUGUAAGAAUAGCCAAGGAGAAGUCAGGCUGGUCACAAACGGUAAAGCCACCAACAGCAGGACGUCUGUGGAAAAUCAAGAAAAGCGAUUAAUCAUUAGACCAGUCACCGAGCGGGAUUAUGGAACCUAUACGUUUACCGUCACCAAUCAAGGUGGACUCCAGACGUCUGAUUCCGUGCGAGUGAUCGAAUCUGAAAAGUCUCCGAACGCCUCUCUUGCCCUGAACUGCAGCGUGCAGAGAGAGGGUGCACUAUGGGACAAGCCGCAAUAUUCGUGGCAGGUCGACGGCGGAGAGGUCAAGGAAACGGCUAAGUUGUCAGAAGACGGCAGCACGCUCUACCUGUCCGAAAAACUGAACCAGAACUACACCUGCGUCGUCGAAAGCGGCCAGGGGACGAGCAGAGUACAGAUAAAAGGUCCAGACCAAGAAACACAAAAGCAGCCUUCAGAUAACAGCAGCUCCAAAGUAACGCUGAUUACCUUCGUCGUUCUUGAGGCCAUCGUCAUCGUUAUUCUGCUGAUUUAUUUGAUUUGGUUGAAAAACAAGAAGAAAGAAGGCGUGGUAUAGAUUUCUGAAGAAGCCAAAGAAAGAGACGACAUGUGGACGUGAGCUUUUGGUCCAUCACAUUCCAAAGUUUUCUUUAGUUUAUUAUACCUCAGAGCUCAGUUUAAUCCUUCAUGAAGACUGAAGGCAGGAAGCUGUCAGGAUUCAAACUCAAGUGUGAGGACCAAUGUGGCAGUUUAUUAUUAAACCAGACACAUCCAACAUCAUUCCUGAGAGGUUUUUCUUUUUAGAGACCAUCACGAGCACUCCACUUAUUCCACUUAUGCAACGUUUGUAAAAAGACAAAGCAGUAAUUUAAAUGUUUGUUGUCCUGCUGUGUAAACUUUAAUGUUUUUGGGGUUUGUUUGAAAUGAAUCUGUAGUUUCAGAGCCGAAGCUGGUGGAAGUGAGAACGCAGUUUCUGAUUGGGGUUGUGGUUGUUGAGGAUUAUUUGGUUGUUUAUCUUAUUAUUUUUUCAUUUUUUUUUCAUUUUCAUCGUUCUGGCUCCAGUAGGAAACAGACCACCGCAGGACACCUAAGUCUUAAAACUGUAGGCUCAUAUUUUUGUUAUUAUAAUAUAGUUCUGUUAUUUAUACACCGAUCAGCCUCCUUGUUUCUACACUCACUGUCCAUUUUAUCAGCUCCACUUACCA